UGUGGAAAAUUCUCGGCUCGCCAAAAGUGUCAAUUCAACAGCUGGAGUAAACAAGGAACGUGUUGAGUAAACAAUAACAAGCAAAUAUAUCUUGGAUUUCUCAUCCUUCAGCACGAAGGAAUGGAGCGCGAGAGCGAUGACGAUUUGUUCAUAUUGGACGACGUUGUGGUGAAGGAAGAGCCAACAAUUGACGACGAAGAGACAUAUUAUGAAGAGGAGGAAAAAUUCGUUUCCUCUUCGGACGUUCCUCUGGAGAUCAAGCUUGAAACCUCCUCCCCGCUUCCCUUUCCUGAUGGUGUGACUUCCAAAAUGGACAGUCUUCUCAACUCUCUGGAGGACAACAUGAGAGAUCCGCACUGCGGAAUCUGCUACAAAAAGAUGCUGCAUCUCUACGAGUUCAUCGAGAGCCACACGGCGCCCAAGAUUCCCUGUGACUUCUGCGAGAAGAGCUUCGCCAGCGUGACUUCGCUGCAGACGCACAUGAGAGUCCACAUCAAGAGCUCGAGCAAAUACCAGCCCGAGUGCAGAGUCCAGCAUCCGCAGCACUACACGAAGAGAAGACCCAGCGCGAACCUCUUCAAGUGUCCCUUCUGCCCGCGCAAGUGCAUCAGCAACAGCCAGCUGCGGAACCACCUGGCGUCGCACAGCAACGAGCGCCCCUUCGUCUGUGCCAUCUGCCGCAAGGGCUUCAAGCUGAAGGACGCGCUGACGCAGCACGUGCAGAUCCACGACAAGAACAGGCCCAAGUUCGAGUGCCAGAUCUGCUCCGGGGAGUACGGCUGCAUCUACUACUUCCGGAAGCACCUCAAGAAGAUCCACAAGAUAACAAACACGCACCCCUACGAGCAGGAGGCCAUCAAGUAUCCUGACUACACAAGACUGCCCGAGUACCGACGGGCGGUAAUUGUCGCCACAGACGACCUUCUUCAUGUCCUCGAAGCUGGGAUCAGCAGGAACAACAUCGUAGAAUGGCACUUUGUAGUCCUCGGCGAUGCCACAGGACAGUGUUCGGCGGCAAACCUCCCAGAAGAUCAGACCCAGGGCGUAAAUGUCCACUCGACGGAUGGCCUCGAAGCAUCCCAUCACUUCCGGCGCCAUGUAUCGUCUGGUGCCGACUUUGGGAUUGUUGCCCAAGUCGAUUUGCCCGGUGGCCUGCACGUGAGUCACUGCCAGUCCAAAGUCAGCAAUCACGCACGAUCCGUUCAAGCGAAUCAGGAUGUUCUUGGACUUGAGAUCGCGAUGGGCAAUCGCGGGCUUGCCCUGCUUCCCGAAGAUCUCCGUGUGCAGCGAUCCCAGUGGAUAGUAGUGCGUGAGCAGGAGGAGUUGCGUGCAGGAGUUGCGCGACGUCAUGUCCGAUCCAAUGUAGCCGAGGAUGUUCUCGUGCCGCAGCAGAACUGUGCUGUAGAUCUCCAUGCCACGCCACACCUCGCCGUACCGCCCGCGGCCGAUGAUCUCCACGAGGGAGACUUGCUUGGCCAGCGUGCGCUGGAUGAGCAGCGGCAGGCCACUGCCCGAGCCCGAGGUCACGGAGUGCUCCAGAUACUCCCUGAGCGUGCUGUCGCCGGCCGUGGUGAUGCGCAGGAUGUCGUCGCUGGCGUAGUACGUCUCGGGGUCCGCCUUGUUCCUGGACACCAGCAGUCUCUUGUGCCGGCUGCGGCGCAUCCACAAGUACACCACCACGCCGACGACGCACAGCACGGCCACGAGCGCCAUGGCGCCGAAGAUCCACUUGAGGCCCGCCGGCGUGACCGGGUCCAUGCGGAUCACCUCAUUGAUGGGCGACAGCUCGGGGAAGCUGCCGUUGUUGCAGUAGUCGCCCGUGCAGCACUCGAUGUUGUACUGCCCGGAGGAGUGGCGCUUCGCGUGGCCGCCCUUGAUGUUGGGAUUGCACAGCACCGGCAGCUGGUCGUGCGAAGUCGUGCAGCCCCUGCUCAUCCGCUCCACGCCGUAGCUGUCGCGCACGCGGGACUUCCAGCACUGAAUGGCAUUCUGGCACAGAUCUCUCGUGUGGUGCGUCUCCAAGUCCAGGUUGUCCUCAUUCUCAUCCAGGAGGCGUCCAUUGAUUUCACCUGCAAUUUUUGGGCAAAAGACGCAAGGACUAUGGACGGCAGUGGCGUGAAGGGCAGCACUAGUGACUUCAUCCUGCCGCCGUUCUGUGUGAAGCAAGAGGGCCAGUUCGCCCCGAUCAGUCCGCCGGACUUCAUGUUCGUCGACCACUUCCUGGGCCUGGAUCCGGCCAACAUGAGCAUGAAGCUGAUGUCGCUGAGUCCCCACGCGAAGGCGGAGCACCACCGGGCGCGCGAGCCGGCUGGCGGGAGCGGCGAGCCGGCUGGCGGAGCGCCAGUGAAGAAGGAGCCCGCGGAGGAGGGCGGCAAGGUGUACCAGUGCCCAGUGUGCAUGCGGAUGUUCACGAACAGCUACCACCUGAAGCGCCACCACCUGAUCCACACGGGCGAGAAGCCCUACAUGUGCACCAUGUGCCAGAUGAAGUUCAACAGGAACGAGCACCUCAAGAGGCACAUCCUCACCCACACAAACUCCCGGCCAUUCCUCUGUCCGGCGUGCCAGAAGACGUUCACGCGCAACGAAUACCUCAAGCGCCACAAGAUGAUCCACACCGGCGAGCGGCCGUACAAGUGCAUCUUCUGCAGCAAUCGCUUUAGUCGCAACGACCACCUGAAGAAGCACCUGGCCAGGAUCCACAAGGUCACGCAGCCGCCGUCGCCCUUUCUGCCGCACCACUUGCCACCGCCCCAGCCACUCUCUCUAGUCACCACGCCGCCAUGAGGAGCGCCGCAAUUCCACGCCAUCCAGCGCCGCCGCAGGCGCCCGAACACCUGCACUGAAGCAGGAAGCGCAGGAGACGAAGCUGACACGAGUCGCUUCAUUUCUUCUCUGGGUUCACUUUGGCGGGAGAAUUUCUAAGCCUUCCCUCUGCGGAAACUCCGCCCCCAAUCAAGCCACGCCCCCUUUUUGGGGUGAAAUAAACUGGAUAUUCGCAUGAUUCAUUUGGAUAUUUUCUGAGAUCUCUAUCUUGAGGUGGAAUUAUUAAAAUCUGACAUUCUGAGAAGAAAGAAAUACAAAAUUAUCAAAAAUCACGAAAACAAUUGCAGAAAUCGUGCCAUUUUUUUUUUAAUAAUUCUCAGAAUGUGGCGUAAAGAUAGGAUUAACCGAAACAUCUAAUAUGUAUCUUGAGUCGUUCAUCAUUAAGUUAAAGCUAGAAGCUAGAAAUGUGUGAAAAUGGAAGGAAAAUGGCGCGAAAAUGCGAUUCCCAAACAAAUAAUAGUAGAAAAUCUUUUAUUCCGUCUGAAAAACGGAAUAUUACAUCAUAUUUCGCGUUUUUUUUUUUGGGUUUCUGAUGUUGAAUUUUAUCAAGAAUUUUAUUCAUUCCUGUCAUUCUCGUCCAUUCUUCAACUUGAGCAACCUUCGGGAAAUUCAUUAAGACAAGAUUGACCAAAAUGUCCAAGAAAAGCUCUGGAAAUAGGGCUUUUCAAUUUGGGCAUAAAAAUUCUCUCGCUAAAGUGUGAACCGCGAAAGCCUCUUUCUUCAGUGAAGUGCAUAUAAAAAAAAAACAUCCCCAGAGUGAAUUUAUGUGAUUAUUCUUUUAUCAUGUCUUUAAUAUUCUUGAGAGAAGCGAACUAUAAUAGUGAUUUUUUCCUUCGAAUACACAAUGUCACUUGUCCUUACAGUGAUAUAUCAUUCUUUGGUUCAUAAGAUAAAUUUUUUUUUUGUGUCAAAGUUCAUUCUCUUGCUUUCUAAAUAUAUAAAUAUCGAGUAUUUUGAAAAGAA